AUGAGUCCGACGUACGAAAAAACUUCAACCUCACCAGUAAACAUCGCCGUCAUUAAGUACUGGGGAAAGAGAGAUACCGCUUUAAUACUUCCGACAAACUCUUCAUUGUCUGUGACCUUAUCUCAGGAACACCUACGAAGCAAGACUACAAUCCGUGCUUCCCCGGACUUUGAAAAAACCAGGUUAUGGCUUAAUGGUGUAGAGGAAACGGACCUUACUAAGAAUAAAAGAUUACAAAAUUGUUUGCGUGAGACUCGACGCUUACGAGAAGAACAUGAAAAAAAAUUGUGCAAAGAAAUAGGCACAGAAAAUGUUGUUCCUUUAUCCAAAUAUAAUGUUCACAUUUGUUCCGAAAAUAACUUUCCUACCGCCGCUGGUUUAGCCUCUUCGGCUUCCGGAUUCGCGUGCCUAGUUUAUACCCUGGCUCAGUUGUACGAACUACCUGUAUCGACCACCGAGCUGUCAAAAAUCGCAAGACAAGGAUCUGGCUCUGCUUGCCGUUCUUUGUUUGGUGGAUUUGUGGCAUGGGAGAUGGGUUCCCAAGUUGAUGGAUCCGAUAGCCAAGCGAUACAAAUUGCACCCAAGGAUUACUGGCCCGAAUUGGAGGCCUUGAUUUGUGUCGUUAGCGAUGCUAAAAAAGGAACUAGUAGCACGGAAGGAAUGCAAAACACGUUCACCACUUCUCCGCUUCUUCAACAUCGUAUUAAACACGUGGUUCCGGAACGUAUGAAAUCGAUGACCGAGGCCAUCCUCAAGCGUGAUUUCCAGCAAUUCGCUGAAAUUACAAUGAGGGAUUCUAACCAAUUUCACGCCGUUUGUCUAGACACAUUUCCCCCAAUCUUUUAUCUCAACGACGUUUCCCGUGCUAUCAUUCGUGUCAUCACUGAAUAUAACACUUGCAGCGAAUCUGGAAAACUAAAAGCCGCCUACACUUUUGACGCUGGACCAAAUGCCGUUAUAUACACUUUACGAGAAAAUGUUCCAGAAAUAAUUAAUAUUAUUGCAAAGUUUUUCCCAGGCGAUGUUGAGAAUGGUAAAGAAUACUUUACGGACCCUUAUCAGUUAUUUUCGGGAAGUAUAAUUGGAACAAAAACAUUGCCUCAAGGAUUUAACGAACAAAUAAUUCCCGUGCACGCUCCUGGCAGUGUGAAACAAAUCUUGCAUACCAAAGUUGGUGACGGACCCCAAGAGUUGACGGGGGAAACGGAUAGUUUGUUAAAUGAGCACGGCUGGCCCAAAAGAUUAGCUUAG